AGAUACUUUUAGGUGCUGCUUCUGCCGUUCCUUCCAGACUCCGCACACCCCCCAGACCAUGUGCUUCAAUGGGUACACGAUGGUACAGGACAAGCCCUCCCCUGUUUCUCUCCCAACCAAACACUGCCUUUUCCCAGUAUUUAUCCUCAUUUCAUCACCAGCAUCCUUGUAGUUGCAGAGUGUAAUCAUCUCCCUAAACCAAAAUUAUCUAGCCAUUUCUUCUCUCACUUUUCCAGCCAAAACCUCCCCUUUUCCUUACUAGUAACUAGAAAUAGUCAGAAAUUAGUAAGUACUAACUCAGCUAAAUUGAUUUUAGUUGAACAUGGAUGAGCGAGCAGGAAUUCAGAAUUCCAGCUUGAGUGAUUCCAGAAAGAUUAUAUUCAAGAAGUACGAGAUGGGAAGGAUGUUGGGGCAGGGCACCUUCGCCAAGGUCUAUUACGGGAAAAACCUAGCAACCCAAGAAAGCGUGGCGAUCAAAGUCAUCAACAAGGAGCAAGUCAAGAAGGAAGGUCUAAUUGAGCAGAUACAGAGGGAGAUUUCGAUUAUGCGUUUGGUACGUCACCCUCAUAUAGUUGAGCUGAAAGAAGUUAUGGCAACUAAGGCACGAGUCUUCUUCGUAAUGGAAUACGUCAGGGGAGGUGAACUAUUCGCCAAGGUUGUCAAAGGAAAAUUGAAGGAAGAUUUAGCAAGAAAGUAUUUUCAGCAGUUGGUUAGUGCAGUUGACUUUUGCCACAGUCGGGGCGUCUAUCAUCGCGACUUGAAGCCGGAAAAUCUGCUCGUGGACGAGAAUGAGGACUUGAAAGUCUCUGACUUUGGGCUCUCCUCACUCCCAGAGCAGCGCCGGAAUGAUGGAUUGCUGCACACACGGUGUGGAACUCCGGCAUAUGUGGCACCAGAGGUUCUGAGGAAGAGAGGGUAUGACGGAUCUAAGGCAGAUAUAUGGUCUUGUGGGGUUGUUCUGUUUGUUCUGCUUUCUGGGUAUUUGCCUUUUCAGCAUGAGAAUGUCAUGAAGAUGUACAGGAAGAUUUUCAAGGCUGAAUUCGAGUUCCCACCUUGGAUUUCAUCUGACGCAAGGAGAUUGAUAUCGAAAUUACUAGUUCCUGAUCCAGAGAAGAGGAUUUCAAUUGCGGAGAUCAUGAGAAAUCCUUGGUUUCAGAAGGGUUUUAAACAUCCAGUAGUUUUCUCAAUUGCAGAGCCGUCCGGGGAAAAAAAUGGGGAGCUUGAAUUGGUAACAUCAACAAAGUCAUCAUCCCCACCUUUCUUUAAUGCCUUUGAAAUCAUAUCAUCAAUGUCGUCAGGAUUCGAUUUGUCGAAUCUCUUCGAAGAUAAAAGGAAACAGGGUUCUUUAUUUACAUCCAAAUGCUCUGCUUCUUCAAUCAUGGAGAGGCUGGAAUCUAUGGCAAAGAAGUUGAAUUUUAACGUGCUGAGUGCGAAGGAAUUCAAGGUGAAGCUGCAAGGUAAAGCAGAGGGAAGAAAAGGAAAACUGGCGGUGACUGCGGAGGUUUUCGAGGUGGUGCCGGAGGUAGCGGUCGUGGCGUUCUCUAAAUCGGCCGGUGACACUCUUGAGUACGCCAAGUUUUGCGAGGAAGACUUGAGGCCUGCCCUCAAAGACAUAGUGUGGAGUUGGCAAGGUGAAAAUAACUGUCAACAACUGUAAUUAACUGCCACAUGUAGGAAGUUUAUUGAUUGAAUUACGACCAAAAGUCCAUGAUUAUGAAGAAUGGUAGUUGAAGGCAAAUUUUUGUUUGAUCUAAAAUUAAAAUGUUGAAGACUCGAUGAUGAAUUUUGGAUGCUUGGAGGCAUGAGCUUUGUAAAUUAUGUGUAUAUGAUGUUAAUUUUUUUCAUUUGGUACAUAUAAUUGUGUAAUUUGAUAUAUGAAUACUAAGGGAUAUUAUUGUAAUUAGCUAUUACUCUCUAUAUUCAAAAUAAUAAUAAUUUUUUAUU